AUGUCUGAAGAACGUGACAAUGUUGAAGGCGAUGAAACCAUCGAAGAAGAUUCCAUGAAUAUGGAUGCAACUGAAGAUGGUGAUGAAGAAGCUGGUGAAGAAGAAGAAAUGGAAACUGAAGAUGUUCCGGAUAAAAAACGAGGUGGAAAAAGAAAACGUGGACGAGGAAAAGCUGGGGCAAAGAAGAAAAAUGAAGCUCCAGAUCCGCAUAAUUCGACAAGUGCUGAUAUUUGUGCUCAUUUUGGAUUCGAAGAUGUAGAAUUGGAUUAUGAUGAAGAAGACUUUCAACCAAUCACUAGUUUGAAAUCUUUCACAAAUGUUGCUCGUGGAGCUGUUGUUGAAGCCAAUCCAAAGGUCAAUUUCACCAAACUCUACCCACUUUUCCAAGUGAAAUAUAAGGAAUUCCAAGAUCAUUUGGCUGCGCAAGGCAAAUCAAUUCAACCAGCAAAGAAAACUCCAAGAGGAAAGGCCGCGGCUGCUGGAAAUUCGACUCCAGUGGAAAAAGUCGCUCCACUGAAAAUAAGAAUCUCUUCAAGAAAACGCAGAAAUCAAGAUGAUGAUGAAAAAGAAGACAGUGAUCAAGAAUUCGAACAUCUUUUAAAACAACACGAACAGCAACAAGAUGAUUUGGAAAGAGAACAAGAAGAGAAAAAACAAAAACGUCGCGAAGCUAAAAUCGACAAAAAGAAAACUGCUCUCGAAAAUGCACGAGCUGCAAAAAGAGCAAAACGUGAAAAUGGAGAAGAAGAUGAAGAUGUAAGUUUUGAUUUUCAUUUUUUUUUUUCUCAAACAAAUCAAUUAUUCUGUUUUUUAGCAUCAAGACUUCUGCGAAGUUUGUAAACAAGGUGGAGAAAUUGUUCUUUGUGAUACAUGUCCAAGAGCAUAUCACACGGUUUGUAUUGAUGAAAAUAUGGAACAACCACCUGAAGGAGAAUGGAGUUGUCCACAUUGUGAAGAACAUGGUCCACCACCUCCACCAGAAGAACCAGAAAAGAAAAAUAUGGAAUAUUGUCGAGUUUGUAAGGUAUGUCAUUUUACUUUAAUUUUCGCACCGAAAAUCAUGUCCGAAUUUGGUCAAUUCCAUUCCAAAUCAAUUCAUCACCAUUUUCCAGGAAACUGCUGGAAUACUUUUGUGUGAUAGCUGUCCAAGUGCUUACCAUGCUUAUUGUCUCGAUCCAGUUCCCGAAGAAGUUCCUGAACUUCCAUGGACUUGUCCAAGAUGUCAACUCACCGAGCCACCACAACGUGUCGAAAAGAUUCUUUGUUGGAGAUGGAAAGAGUUCAUCUAUCCAGAUCCAGUUGUUGUCAAAGAUCCACAACCAGAUGAUAUUCCAUUGGCACCACCUAGAAAAAUGGAUAAUCGAAAAGAGCGUGAAUUCUUUGUCAAAUGGAAAUAUUUAUCAUUCUGGCAUUGUGAAUGGUUAUCCGAAACUUAUAUGGAUGUUUAUUUCAAACAAUUGGUUAGCAUGUAUUGGAGAAAAUAUGAUUCCGAAACACCGCCAAUUUUUGAAGAAUCAACAAUUGCCAGACAUCAUAAAGAUAAUGAUCCAUAUAAUUUACGAGAGAGAUUCUAUCAAUUUGGAGUUAAACCAGAAUGGAUGCAAGUUCAAAGAAUUAUCAAUCAUAUGCAAUAUGGUAAAUCACAAUUUGAUUAUUUAAUUAAAUGGAAAGAAUUGGUAUAUGAACAAGCAACUUGGGAAAGAGAUGAUAUGGAUAUUGCACAUUAUGAAGUAGCUAUUAUUAAAUAUUGGCAACAUCGUGAAAGAAUGUUAGGAGAAGCUGUACCAAAACAAGUUCAAAAAAUAAUUGUGAAACAUCGAGAAGCAAAAGGAUUGCCUCCAUUGGAAGAAAAAGAAGAAACUCAAUCGAAAAAGAAGAAAAGAGACAAACCAACUGUUGAUGUAAGUUAAUCAUUUGAAUUAUUCUAGUCAAUGUGUGUUUUUUUCAGAUUCGCAAAAAAUAUGAAGUUCAACCAGAUUAUGUUUCUGAAACUGGUGGAAAUCUUCAUCCAUAUCAAUUAGAAGGUAUAAACUGGCUUCGACAUUGUUGGUCAAAUGGAACUGAUGCUAUUUUGGCUGAUGAAAUGGGUUUGGGAAAAACUGUACAAUCUCUUACUUUCCUUUAUACACUUCUGAAAGAAAACCAUUCAAAAGGUCCAUUCCUUGUUGCUGCUCCAUUGUCAACAAUUAUUAAUUGGGAAAGAGAAGCUGAAUUUUGGUGUCCCGAUUUUUAUGUUGUUACUUAUACCGGAGAUCGUGAAUCUCGUGUUGUUAUUCGUGAACAUGAAUUCUCAUUUGUUGAAGGAGCUGUGAAAGGUGGAACUAAAGUUUCAAAAAUCAGAUCUCAAGAUAAUCUCAAAUUCCACGUUUUAUUGACAUCUUAUGAAUGUAUCAAUAUGGAUAAAGCUAUUCUUGGAUCAAUUGAAUGGGGUGCUUUGGUUGUCGAUGAAGCACAUCGUUUGAAAAAUAAUCAAUCAACAUUCUUCAGAACAUUGAGAGAAUAUAAUAUUGGAUAUCGUGUAUUAUUGACUGGUACACCACUUCAAAAUAAUCUCGAAGAAUUGUUCCAUCUUUUGAAUUUCUUGGCACCAGAUAGAUUCUAGUUAGUUUUUUUCAGAAAUUUUUUUCAAGAUUGUUUAAAAUCUAUUAUUUUUCAGCGAUCUCAAUUCUUUCACCGCCGAAUUUUCUGAAAUUUCAAAAGAAGAUCAAAUUCAAAAACUUCACGCUCUUCUUGGACCUCACAUGCUUCGUCGUCUCAAAGCUGAUGUUUUGACUGGAAUGCCUUCAAAAUCCGAAUUGAUUGUUCGUCUCGAAUUGAGUGCAAUGCAGAAAAAAUGGUAUAAAAAUAUUCUUACCAAAAACUUUGAUGCGUUGAAUGUGAAAAAUGGGGGAACACAAAUGUCACUUAUUAAUAUUAUUAUGGAAUUGAAAAAGUGCUGUAAUCAUCCAUAUCUUUUCAUGAAAGCUUGUCUCGAAGCUCCAAAAUUGAAAAAUGGAAUGUAUGAAGGAACUGCUUUGAUCAAAAAUUGUGGAAAAUUUGUGUUGCUCCAAAAAAUGUUGAGAAAAUUGAAAGAAGGAGGACAUCGUGUUCUUAUAUUCUCACAAAUGACAAUGAUGUUGGAUAUUUUGGAAGAUUUUUGUGAAAUCGAAAAUUAUAAAUAUGAAAGAAUUGAUGGAAGUAUUACUGGACAAAUGAGACAAGAUGCUAUUGAUCGAUAUAAUGCUCCUGGAGCUGAACAAUUUGUAUUCUUAUUGUCUACAAGAGCUGGAGGUUUGGGUAUUAAUUUAGCUACUGCUGAUACUGUUAUUAUUUAUGAUUCUGAUUGGAAUCCACAUAAUGAUAUUCAAGUAAGUUAUACAUUUUUGAAUAACUUAGAUAAUUUGAUUUGUUCAGGCGUUCUCUCGUGCUCAUCGUCUUGGACAAAAACAUAAAGUAAUGAUUUAUCGAUUUGUCACCAAAAAUUCUGUUGAAGAGAAAAUCACAUCAGUUGCCAAAAAGAAGAUGUUAUUGACACAUUUAGUUGUUCGUGCUGGUUUAGGUGGAAAAGAAGGUGGAAAAAGUAUGUCGAAAAGUGAACUUGAUGAUGUACUUCGAUGGGGAACUGAAGAAUUGUUCAAAGAAGAAGCUGCUGAAGGUGAAGAAGGAGGUGAAGGAAGUGGAAGCAAAGAACAUGAAAUUGUUUGGGACGAUGCUGCUGUUGAUGCACUUCUUGAUCGAACAAAAGAAGAAGGACAAGAAGCUGAUGGAGAAAAGAAGGAACAUUGGACAAAUGAAUAUUUGAGCUCAUUCAAAGUUGCGACUUAUAAUAAGAAAGAAGUUGAAGAUGAAGAAGAGGAAGAAGAUGAAAUGGAAGUUAUCAAAGAGGGAGAUAAGGAACCAGAUCCGGAUUAUUGGGAGAAAUUAUUGAGACAUCAUUAUGAACAAGAUCAAGAGACUGAAGCACAGAAAUUAGGAAAAGGAAAGAGAAUUCGUAAACAAGUUAAUUAUGCUAGCGAAAAUAUGGGACAAGAUUGGAAUGCACAAAAUGUUGGUUUUUUUUGAAUAAUUAAUAUUUAUUUCUUUAUUUUUAGAAUCAAAACGACGAUGAUGAUGAUCAAGUUUCAUCCUACGGUGGAAGUGAAAAUGGUGAAGCUGGUCUCUCUGAUGAUGAUUAUAAUGAUAAGAAGCGUCGCCGUCAAGAAUCGAAUGAAAAAUUGCCACCACUUCUUGCUCGUGUUAACGGACAAAUUGAAGUUCUUGGAUUUAAUCCAAGACAGCGAAGAACUUUCUAUAAUGCGAUUAUGAGAUGGGGAAUGCCACCACAGGAUGCAUAUCAAUCACAGUGGCUGGUAUGUUUUUUUUUAAUUUUUAGGUUUAAAAGCUUUAAAUUUUUCUAGAUUCGUGAUCUGAAAGGAAAAUCGGAACGUGCUUUCCGCGCUUAUACUUCUUUAUUCAUGCGUCAUUUGUGUGAACCUGGAGCUGAUACUAGUGAACAUUUCAAUGAUGGAGUUCCAAGAGAAGGAUUGAAUAGACAACAUGUUUUGAGUCGAAUUGGUUUGAUGAGUUUGGUUAGAAAGAAGGUUCAAGAAUUUGAAGAAAGCAAUGGAGAAUGGUCGAUGCCAGAAGAACAGGAUAAAUUGGUUGCAGCCGCAGCUGCAGCAUCUGGAUUGCAGGCAAAUUCCAAAGAAACAUCUCGUGAACAAAGUGUUGCCAAAGAAGAUCAAAUGGAAACUGAAAAUAGUGAGGAAAAAGACAGUACCAUUACCCAAGAAAAAGUAGAAGAAGGAGAGAAAAAAGAGGAAAGUGAAGACAAGGGAAAUGUGAAAAAGAAUAGACCACCUUUCAAAUUCAAUAUCACCGAUGGAGGAUUCACUGAAUUGCACACUUUGUGGCUUAACGAAGAAAAAGUUGCGAAAAACAACAAAGAAUACGAGAUUUGGCAUAGAAGACAUGAUUAUUGGCUUUUGGCUGCGAUUGUUGUUCAUGGUUAUGGAAGAUAUCAAAUUAAUUUUAAUGAUAUUCAAAAUGAUCCGAAAUUUGCGAUUAUCAAUGAACCAUUCAAACAAGAAUCUGCAAAUGGAGCUAAUUUUGCUGAUGUUAAGACCAAAUUCCUUCAAAGACGUUUCAAAUUGUUGGAACAAGCUUUGAUCAUUGAGGAACAAUUGAGACGAGCUUCGCAUUUGAACUUACAAAAUCAACCAGAAGGACCAGGUCCACUUGCACAAAGAUUUGCCGAUUUGGAAAAUGUUGCCGAUGCUCAUUCGAAUGUUGCAAAAGAUAGUGCAUCUGGUAACAGAAAUGCGAAUGCUGUUUUACACAAAGGUAAAUUUCAUAAUCAAAAUUUCAAAAAUAAUAUUCAAAAUUCAUUUCAGUUCUCAAUCAAUUGGAAGAACUUCUUUCGGAUAUGAAGGCUGAUGUUUCUCGUCUUCCCGCAACAUUGGCACAACUUCGUCCAGUCACACAUCGAUUAAAUAUGACUGAACGUCAAAUUUUAUCGAGAUUGACUACAAAAGAUCCAGAAGCAGUUGCUGGUUUGACUACACUUCCACCACCUGGACCAUUUGUUACACCAAUGUUGAAUCAACAAUUCAGUGGUAUUCAACCGAAGUUUGCUGCUUUGCGACAAAAUGUUGAGGAUGCGGAAGUUAAAGAAGAAAAUCCAGAAGUAGAGGAAACUGGAGAAACAGUUGAAAAAGAGGAAAAGGAAAAGGAAACUGUUGAAACUGAACAAGUUGAAGAGGAGGAAAAAGAAGAAGUUGUUGAUAAAACUAAAGUUGACGAAGCUGAAGUUGAAGCAGAAAAUAAAGAAGAGCAAGAAGAAGCUCUCGAAGAGGAACAGGAAGAUGAGGAAGAAAUUGCGACCGAAUCCGCUCAGCAAAAUGCUCUUGCACAACUUCAAGGUAAUUAUUUUUUAUUUCGUGAAAAAAAACAUUAUAAUUUAUAAAUUUUCAGUAUCCGAUUCUUCUGAAAACUCUUCACAAACAUCGAAAGAAACUUCCGAAGAACCAUCUGAUGAAGCAAUGGAAGAAUAA